AUGAACUAAAAUAAUUAACUUCAAGAUGAAAUAACUAAGGAACUCUUAACAAUUAAAUAAGACAUUGAACUCAAAGUCCCUGAAUUCAUUAGACAAGGUUGUCUGGAGUUGAAAGUUGACUAAAUUUCAACACAAAAAAAACAGGAUAUCAUUAAGUGUCUUGGUGGUAAUAAAUAUAAAUAGGAUAAACAAUUCAUCCCUAAAUUAACUGAAUGUUUACUUAGUCAUCUACUCAGAAUGAAGAAAUGUAGUUUAUAAUCUACUAAUAUUAAUCCUACAAGACCUAUAUAUUUAGGAUAAUUGAUUACAAUCACUAUGUUUUAUUAUGAAGACAAGAUCAUCAAAUCUUACUCAAUUUUAGAAGAACUAACCAAAUUCAUUAAUAAACAAAUUCAUAUCUAUUAUGAAGGCAUUCGUGAUAGAUUAAAACUCAUUAAGGAUAAAGAAUAACAAUUAUUAAAUUAAUUGAGAAAUUCUCAAUCCAAUAAUGAUAAAUAAAAUGAAACACAAUAAGAUGUUAACUUUCUGAAAUGCUAUUGUCAUUCAUAGCCUGGUUUGUAUGUGCAAAUCAAAACUAAAUUGAAUACUUCCAAAGUUCUAUAAUGCAAAAUUUGUUCAUAGAAUUUUCAUGGUUUUUGUUUGCAAAUCAAUCACGAUAUUCAAGAUUUCAUUUGUCCAUAUUGUACUCUUGUAAUGCUCAAUCCUCAAAACAAAGUGAUCGAUUAGAUAGUUCAAUCUACAUUUCAAUAGUUUCUUCAAUACAAAAAUGAGAAGCAUUUUUUAUUCAAUUGUCCUGUAAAACAUAAGGGAUCUCAAAUAGAGAUUAGAUGUUUAAGAAUAGAUGGGAAGGAUGGAUUAAAUGAAAUCACUUGGCCUGAUUAUGGGGAAUUACAGAUGAAUGGAGUCAAAUUGGCUGAGUUCAAACCUUUAAGCAUCAAUUAUAGUGUUAAGAAACGAAAGGAUGAUUCCAUUAAUAUUACUAAUCAUAUCAAACAUAAUGAAUAAAAUCGUAUUACUUUAAUUGAAUACAAAUCUAAUGAGGAGUUUAAAAAAUAAUUUAGAAUAUAACAUUAGUGUAUUUAUUUUUUAGGUAUAUUCUCGAUUAAUUAAUUGAAUGCCAAAGAAUUCAUCUUGGAUAUUAAACAAUAUCAUAAAAACUAUUUAAGUAUUGAAGAUUCAUUCAAAUUAUUCAAAUAAGAAUGCUCUACAAAUAAGGAUGUCAAAAUAAAAUCUAUAAAAAUCAGUCUAUUAUGUCCUAUCACUUUACAAUUAAUUAAUAUUCCAGCUAGAGGUCGAUUUUGUAAUCAUCUGCAGUGUUUUGAUUUGGAGAAUUUUAUAACUGCUAUAGAUGAUCAAAGGGACAAAAAGAUUUGGAAAUGUCCUAUUUGCAAGUUGAAAUGUUUCAAAUUCCUAAUAGAUGACUAUUAACAAGUGAUUUUGGAAUUGAUAUCUGAGAAUAGUUUAUCGAAUAAAGAGGUUGAAUUCAAUGAGAAUGGAGAGAUAGCAGAUUUGGUCCUGAGGGAAUUGUGCAACCAACGUCUUAAGAAUCAAUAUUAAAUAAAUGAUAGAAUAAAGAAACAAAUAAAAACUGACUGA